AUGGCAUCCCAACUGUUACCUCUCGAGCUUAUCGACAAGUGUGUGGGCUCCAGGAUUUGGGUCAUUAUGAAAGGCGAUAAGGAAUUCAGCGGAACUCUCGUCGGUUUUGAUGACUACGUUAACAUGGUUCUGGAGGAUGUGACCGAGUUUGAUUAUUCGGGUAACCACACUAAACUUCCCAAGAUUUUGCUGAAUGGCAACAACAUCUGCAUGUUGAUCCCUGGUGGUGAAGGUCCAGAAGGAGCUGCUUGA